AUGGCCGCCCUACCCAGCUACGAAGCAGAAAUGCUCUACAUCGAGCCCUGGCAAGGCAAGAAGGAAGCGCCGUACUACCGCACUAACCCCGAUCCGGGCUUCGAAACCAAAAAUUACGACUGGAUACCAUACAAAGUGGACGUGCAAGAUUGUCGGUCCUGCAGAGAUGACUUCACUCUCGACGACCACGCCUUCACCUUCGUCGACGACGCCGCCGGCGCAGCGCCUGAGCUCCUGCAAGCGAUCCGCGACAUCAACGUCGACAAGAUCGAGAAGGAGUACUAUCCAGCGGUGGAAGCCCUGGUCAAGCGCAAGACGGGUGCGGACAAGGUUAUCAUCUUCAACCAUUCGAUUCGCAAGCGCGAUCCCGCUGAGGGUUUCUUUGGGAGCCCGGGGAAGCAACAGCCUGGGCGGACGGCCCCACACAGAAACAACGCAGUAUCAUCUCAACUAAUCUCCUUUCCUCUCUACAGCGUCUGGCGCCCCAUCAACGGCCCCGUACAAGACUGGCCCCUCGCAACCAUGGACGGCAAAUCGCUCCGCGAAGAAAACCUGCACGCGACCGAUCUCUGGAAGAACAGGUGGGAGGAACUGGGGUCGACGUACAAUAUCAGCCACGGUGAAGGCCAGAAGUGGUAUUAUCUGGGGGAGCAACGCACGGAUGAGGCGCUGUUGAUUAAGAUCUAUGAUAGUAAGGCGGAUGUGGCUGCGAAACCGUAUGGUUCUGGUCCCAAAACACUAGACUAA